AUACGUAGACUCUACUACAACUAGCUCCUCCUCCGCCCCCUCCUCCUCGUCCUGCUAUUAAACUAACCAGCUCCAUCGUUGACUUCACGAUCCUCUCUCUCUCUCUCUCUCUCUCUACAUAUGUAUCUUUCUCUCUCUAUAUCUAUCUCCCACCUAUAGAUAUAUGGAACAGGUAAAAGAUUGAACACUGAAGAAGAGUGUACAAAGCAAAAAAAUCACCAUGAAAGCUGCUAAAACCUUCCAAUCACCAGACCACCACCACAUCACAUCCUCCACCUUCCUCAAAAUCAUCAUUCUCUCUUUCCUCUCUCUCUCCCUCCUCCUCUUCCUCCUCUUCUCCCACUUCGACCCACAACUACAACUCCCCUCCUUCUCCUCCCCCACCACCGCCGCCACCGCCACCGCCAUUCCCAUUUCAAAUGCGCUGCCGCCCGACGCUUUUGCACCUCUGCCGCCGCCCCAGGCGGUGCAGAGGACUGGGAUUGUGGACGAGAACGGCCUCAUGACGGACGAUUUUGUGGUGGGAGAGUUCGAUCCGAGUGUAAUCGAGAGUGUGGUCAAUAAUGGUGCCACCAAUCGGAGGAGGAAAUGGAGGGUUAGGUUUGGGAAGUUUAUGGUUUGUGAUGAGAGUAUGACAGAGUAUAUACCCUGUUUGGACAAUGUGAAGGCGAUUUCGAGCUUCAAUUCCACGGAGAGAGGUGACAAGUACGAGCGGCAUUGUCCUCAGAAGGGGAAGGGCUUGAAUUGUUUGGUGCCGAGGCCUAAAGGGUAUACGCUUCACAUUCCAUGGCCAAAAAGCAGAGAUGAGGUGUGGUUCAACAAUGUACCCCAUAUGCGCCUGGUUGAAGAUAAAGGAGGCCAAAAUUGGAUAUCAAGAAAAAACGAUAAAUUUAUAUUUCCAGGAGGUGGAACACAGUUUAUCCAUGGGGCAGAUCAGUACUUGGAUCAGAUUUCCAAUAUGGUCCCUGGCAUUGCAUUUGGGCAAAACACCCGAGUUGCCUUGGAUGUUGGUUGUGGAGUAGCAAGUUUUGGUGCCUACUUACUCAGUCGUAAUGUGACCACUCUUUCAAUAGCACCAAAAGAUGUUCAUGAGAACCAGAUUCAAUUUGCUCUCGAGCGAGGUGUGCCUGCCAUGGUGGCUGUAUUUGCAACACACCGUCUGUUGUAUCCUAGCCAGGCAUUUGACUUGAUACAUUGUUCUAGUUGCAAUAUUAACUGGGCUCGUGAUGAUGGAAUUUUGCUUCUUGAGGUCAACAGGAUGCUGAGGGCAGGGGGACACUUUGUUUGGGCAGCACAAUCUGUCUAUGAGCAUGAAGAUAACUCGCAAGAACAAUGGGAAGAAAUGGAGAACCUUUCUUGGCGUAUUUGUUGGGAACUUAUAAAGAGGGAAGGGUGCAUUGCUAUAUGGAGGAAGCCUCUGGGCAACAACUGCUAUGUUAAUCGGCAUCCUCAAUUACAACCUCCUAUAUGUGAAGCCAAUGACGAUCCAGACAAUGUUUGGUAUGUCAGUCUGAAGGCAUAUAUCACUCCGUUACCUGAGAAUGGUUAUGGGGCUAAAGUUUCUAUCUGGCCCACACGCCUUCAUUAUCCACCAGACAGGCUACUUACCAUAAAAAUGGAUGCCUACAAUUCCCGAAAGGAAAUAUUCAGAGCAGAGUCAAAAUAUUGGAACGAUCUUGUAAAUGGUUAUGUUAAUGCCUACAAUUGGAAAGACUUACACCUACGAAACGUGAUGGACAUGAAGGCUGGAUAUGGAGGGUAACUUCUUUUUCUUCUUCUUUUUC